UUUCGCAGCGGGUACUCCGGCAGCGGCGGCGGCUUUUUUACCCCGAGAGUAGCGCGCUCCGUUCGGCUCUUUCCUCUUCAGCGUCUUCACGCCGGAAUUAUAUAGAAAACAGGAAGCAUGUCUCGAAGAUAUGACUCGAGGACCACAAUAUUUUCUCCAGAAGGUCGCCUGUACCAAGUUGAAUAUGCCAUGGAAGCAAUUGGACACGCGGGCACCUGUCUGGGAAUUUUAGCAAACGAUGGUGUUCUGCUUGCAGCAGAGAGACGGAACAUCCACAAGCUUCUUGAUGAAGUCUUUUUUUCCGAGAAGAUUUAUAAACUCAACGAGGACAUGGCUUGUAGUGUGGCCGGCAUAACUUCUGAUGCUAAUGUUCUCACUAAUGAACUCAGACUCAUCGCUCAAAGGUAUUUACUACAAUAUCAGGAGCCAAUUCCUUGUGAGCAGUUGGUUACAGCGCUGUGUGACAUCAAGCAAGCUUAUACACAGUUUGGAGGAAAGCGUCCCUUUGGAGUGUCAUUGCUCUACAUUGGCUGGGAUAAACACUAUGGCUUUCAGCUCUAUCAGAGUGACCCGAGUGGGAAUUAUGGAGGAUGGAAAGCCACAUGUAUUGGAAAUAAUAGUGCUGCAGCUGUGUCAAUGUUAAAGCAAGACUACAAAGAAGGUGAGAUGACCUUGAAGUCUGCACUUGCUUUAGCUAUCAAGGUGCUGAAUAAGACCAUGGACGUUAGUAAACUUUCUGCUGAGAAAGUGGAAAUUGCUACUCUAACAAGAGAGAACGGAAAGACAGUCAUCCGAGUCCUCAAACAAAAGGAGGUGGAACAAUUGAUCAAAAAACAUGAGGAAGAAGAAGCUAAAGCCGAGCGGGAGAAGAAGGAAAAGGAACAGAAAGAAAAAGAUAAAUAGAAGACAGAGUCAGAUUUUGUAACUCCACUUUGGGCACCACUUCGGUGUAAACGUUGUCCUAAUGUUUCCCACUGAGAAAGGUGUGACUUUUUAAAAAACACAUACAGGAGGAACUAGGACACGCCAUCCCAAAUUGGGCCCUUGUCCUUUAUGUUCACUUGAUGAUGUUGUGGCAGUGAUGAUGAUUGUUGGUCUUCAUGGAUAUCUUACAAGAUUUCUUUCUUUUUAAAUAAAACUUGGAAGAGUAGAAA